AUGGCCGAGGGGGAAAUCACCACCUUCACCGCCCUCACCGAAAAAUUCAACUUGCCCGCUGGCAACUACAAGAAGCCCAAACUGCUGUACUGCAGCAACGGGGGGCAUUUCCUGCGCAUCCUCCCGGAUGGCACCGUGGAUGGCACCAGGGACCGCAGCGACCAGCACAUCCAGCUGCAGCUGAGUGCAGAAAGCGUGGGGGUGGUGCACAUCAAGAGCACGCAGUCAGGGCAGUACCUGGCCAUGGACACCAACGGGCUCCUCUAUGGCUCGCAGUUGCUGGGUGAGGAAUGCCUGUUCCUGGAAAGGCUGGAGGAAAACCAUUACAACACCUACGUGUCCAAGAUGCACGCAGACAAAAACUGGUUUGUGGGGCUGAAGAAGAACGGGAACAGCAAGCUGGGCCCACGGACUCACUAUGGCCAGAAGGCAAUCCUGUUCCUGCCCCUGCCUGUCUCAGCUGACUGAGCCAGCCCCAGAGCUCAGAGAAGAUCCCAAAUCCCAACUGCUGCUGCUGCUGCUGCUGCCUCCCUAGAGCUCAGCAGAGCUCCGAGCUUUAGGUCAAGGCUUUGCCAAAUCCAGCCAAAGCAGAGCCCCUGUGCUCUGCAUGAAGCUUUGCAGAGAUGGGGGGUGAGCCCUGACACCCCCCAAGGUCCACGGGGCCCCCUGUCCCCCUGCCCUCAGCUGUGUACCAUGACCUUCAUCUGUGUGUGCCAGUGU